UAGGAAAAUUAGGCAAACAAAACUGGGGAAAAAGCAAUGGAAGAAAAUAAAUCUAUUUAUGGAAGUUCUCUUCUGGUGCCUAGUGUGCAAGAAUUGGUGAAGAAGGAGGCGAAUCUCACUGUGCCCUCCAGAUAUGUACGUGCUAACCAAGACCCAAUUUUAUUUUCUAGUCAACUUUGCUCUCCUCAAAUCCCUGUAAUCGAUCUUCAAAAGUUGAUUUCUGUAGAAUCAGCUGCUUCUGAGUUUGAAAAUCUCCACUCAGCUUGCAAGGAUUGGGGUUUUUUCCAGUUGGUAAACCAUGAAGUAAGCUCUUCCUUGGUGGAGAAAAUAAAGACUGAUAUUCAAGAAUUUUUCAAUCUUCCAAUGGAAGAGAAGAAAAAGUUUUGGCAAAAUUCAGGGGAAGUAGAAGGAUUUGGACAAGCAUUUGUAGUUUCUGAGCAACAAAAGCUAGAUUGGAAUGACAUUUUCCUCAUGACCACUCUUCCAGUCCAUAUGAGAAAGCCCCACUUAUUUCCCAAGCUUCCUUCUCCUUUCAGAGAAACCUUGGAAACAUACUCAUUGGAACUAAAAAAUCUAGCAAUGAGAAUUCUAGAACAAAUGGAAAAGGCUCUGAAAGUGAAGGCCAAGGAAGUGACAGAAUUGUUUGAAGGUGGUCUUCAGGCCAUGAGGAUGAACUAUUACCCUCCAUGUCCUGAACCAGAGCAAGUCAUUGGCCUAGCACCUCACUCUGAUGCUGCAGGCCUCACCAUCCUCCUUCAAGUCAGUGAAGUUGAAGGUCUCCAAAUCAAGAAAGAUGGAAUGUGGGCCCCAGUUAAGCCCUUACCAAAUGCCUUCAUUGUCAACAUUGGAGAUUUUUUAGAGAUUAUAACGAACGGUGAAUAUCGUAGCAUCGAGCAUCGAGUGACUAUAAACAGCUCUGAUAAAGAAAGGCUAUCAAUUGCUACAUUUUACAGUCCCAGAUUUGAUGGCGAAAUGGGUCCUGCAUAUAGCUUGGUUAAUGACCAAUCACCUCAAAAGUAUAGAAGGAUUGGAGUUCAAGAAUUCUAUAGGGAUUUCUUUAAACGCGAGCUUGAUGGAAAGUCUUUUAUUGAUUCCAUGAGAUUAUAACUGCAAUUACAUGGAGAUAGGAACAUUAUAACUCAUUACAAUAUUUACUACAUAUAUAUAUAUAUAUAUGUGUGUGUGUGUGCUUUGUAAUAUUAUGUCAUUAUGGAAAAAGAACAAACCUUAUAUUUGUUAAAAAUUAAGCCUAAACAAAAACACUAAGCUCGGGUUAACCCUGAAUAAUUAAGCCUGUGUACUUCUUGAAUAUUUAAGAAAGAAUUAAUGUGUACACCUGGUU